AUGUUGACCGGUUCCGAGGUUGCAAAGCACAAGUCCACUGACUCGUGCUGGACUGUGAUACACGGCAAGGUCUAUGAUAUCACAAGCUUCCUGGACAAGCACCCGGGCGGCCGAAGCAUCCUCCUGAGGCAGGGCGGAGCCGACGCCACAGCAGAGUUCGACAAGAUACACUCCCUGGAGAUCAUCGAGGACCUGCCCGAUGGCAGCCUCAAGGGCGAGCUGGACCCCUCGACGGCCGCGUCCCUGAACGCCCCGGCAAACCCGUCCAAGGCCACCCCGGCAGCCGACAGCAAGCAGGUGAAGCCGCUGUCGCUCUGCGUCAGGGCGAGCGACUUCCGCGCCGAGGCCGAGAAGGUCCUCGACCGCAGGGCCUGGGUCUACGCCACCAGCAGCGCCAACGCGGGCCUCUCCCUCCAGGGGAACAUCGACUCGUGGUCCAGGGUGUCCUUCCGGCCGAGGGUGCUGCGCAACGUCGCCAGCGUGUCUACAAGGUCGUCCAUGCUCGGCAACCCUUCCCUCGUGCCCUUCUUCGUCUCGCCCAUGGGCACGAUGGGCAUGUCGCAUCCGAACGGGGAGUUUGAGCUGGUGAAUGCGCUGGCGCGCAAGGGCGUGCACGGCAUCACGUCGACGGCGAGCACCAAGCCCCUGGAGAGUAUCAAAAAAUCGCACGCGGAUGAGCUGGAUAGGAUCGGUGGCGAGUCGACCAGCCCAUCGAGGCUGUUCUUCCAGCUUUACAUCCCGACGGACAGGGAAAAGGCCGUGGAGCUGGUCCGGAAGGUAAAACAGGCCGGAUACAAGGGCCUCUUCAUCACCGUCGACACGGCCGUGCUGGGAAAGAGGACGGAGGACAGGAGGAAGCAGGCCGACGAGGCGCUGGAGGACGGGCUCGACCAUAGCACUUUCUCGACGCCCGUGGGCAAGGAGAACAACGAGAACGCCUUUUCCCCAGCGGUUGGCGCGCGACCAGUGCCGGGCCAGCUGAGCCCGAUGACGGCCGAGGACGCAAAGCUGGCGGCGGAGAACGACUGCCAGGGCAUCCUGCUCAGCAACCACGGCGGGAGACAGCAGCACACGGCCCCGAGCGCCUUGUCCACAUUGCUGGAGAUCCGCACGUACUGCCCCGAAGUGCUCGAGAAGAUGGAGAUCUACUUGGACGGCGGUUGCCGCGAUGGGGCGGACGUGCUUAAAGCCUUGUCCCUGGGUGCAACGGCGGUUGGCUUCGGGCGGCCUUUCUUUUAUGCGAUGGCUGCCUACGGUGGCCAAGGAGUCGAGAGAUGCGUAGACAUAUUAUCCGAAGAAUUGGCGCUUGGCAUGGCGCUGUUGGGCGUGACCUCGCUCGACCAGCUUCGACCAGAGAUGGUCAAUGCCAGCCGGCUCCUCAACGAGAUGUGGAGACCAGAGUUGCCCUCGAUUCUGAGUCGAUUAUAG